ACUAUUUUGGCCCAAAUCAAGGUGCUAUGAUUACUUAUAUCAGGAAGCUGAAGCACUUCUGAAAAACUUUCCAGUUCAAGCUACCAUUUCCUUUUAUGAAGACUCGGAUAGCGAAGAUGAUGAAGAUGAAACAGAACAAGAUUCAACACCACGAUCGGAUUGCUGA